AUGCAUUAUCUCUUAGGCGGUCAACACUAUUAUUUUCCAUCGUCCGAUGAGCAAUCUUAUACAUUAGAAGAAUUUCUCGAUUUUAAAUGUAAUAGUGAACAUCGUUUGCCAACUGUUGUUCGUAUAACAGCAUUGAAUAAUUAUGGACGAAUCAUGAAAAGUCUCGUAUCAAAAGAUACACCCUUAUUAUUGUUAGAUAUACAUCAAUUCGAAUCAAUUCUAGCUGAAUAUUAUUCAUCAAACGAUAGAAAAUAUCAUUCGAAUAAACAUCGAUUCACAUUGAAUCAAGGAAAACUAGCUUCGAAAGCAACAGCUAAAUUUCGUAACAUGAAAAAAUUGUCGACAUCACUUGUUACUCUAUCGAAAACGAAUCUCACUGAUGAUAAUAGUGAUGAUGAUUUUGAUAAUAUGCGUAUUAUUAUACGAAAUUUAAAUCAGAAACGUUCAUCUGUAACUCCGCUCUGUCGUAUACCAAUAAAUUAUCAUGGCUUUUUUGAAUUAUUAAAUGAAAAUGAUCAAGCUAUUAAACCAUUUCAUAAAUUAUCCAAUCUACUUAUAACUGAGUAUAAAGAUGAAAAUAAUCAACAAAUCCCAACACAAAAAUGGCCAAACGCAUUUUUUCUUCGUAGUAUAUGUAAAGCAUAUACAAAACGAUAUAUUCCAGGUGAAAGAAAACUUUCUGGUAGUGCUGAUUCUUGUUAUGGAUCAUUGUCCGAUUUAGAUCCACAGAAAAAUCUUUUGAUUUUAAAUGACGAUGCAUUAGUUCUUCAACCCGGUCAAAUAAUAACAAUAAUAAAUCAAUGUUCGGCAUAUCGUAGUCAAACACCUGAGAAAGAAGCCAAUGUCGAUCAAUUCGCAUCACAAUCAUCAUCAUCAUGGUUUCGAAAUAAAUCUCGUUUUUUUUUCCUGAGAAAAAAACCUCAAUCAGCACAUUCACAUGCUACUCAACAUGCAACAAAAAAUAUUUAUGAUAUUUCAAAAAGAUCAGAACCCUAUUUGAAAUGUCAAGCAGAACAAGGUGAUAUUGUUUAUAUAUCGAUACAUGAAUCAGGCCUUUUCAGUUCAAUUAAUUCACAAAAUAAUCGAUCAAAAUCAACAUCGGAUUCCGAACAUGUCGAUAUAUCAGGUGUUUUUCAGCUACAUGAUUUAUUAGGAAAUUUUCGUUUUCCAUUAUGUGUUAAUUUACUCAAUAAUUCAAUAUCAUUUGAUAGUAUCUAUGCACCAGCAAAUAUCAAUCAAUAUGAAUCACCUUUUUUAUCAUUAACAAAAUUUCGUCUCUUAUUACCGUACACUGAAAAUGUUAUAUUUGCUUGUCCAUUAGUAAUACCCUCAUCAUUUAAAUCUCAAGUAGUUGUUAUUCCCAUACCAAUAAAUAGUGAUAUUGAAGUUCAACGUUGUCUAAACAUGCGUGAAAUAACAGCAAAUCGAUAUUAUCAUAAUUUAAUUCAAGUCUCUUCUCAUAUUAUGAAUCAAUAUAAAACCGAGUUUUCAUAUGUUCAUUUUCCGCUUGUAUUAAAUACAACAACGAAACAAAUCUUGAAACGCAAACAGCCAUUAUUUAAAAAACGUUCACAAUCAGAAUCGCAUAUUGAAUAUUAUGCAUCGGAUCUAAAUAAAUCGAGUCAUCGAAAAUCAUGUGAAAUAUUUCAUCAUAACGAUGAAUCUGAUGCAGUAGACGACGACGGCGACGACGACGACGAUGAUGAUAAUAAUAAUAAAAUUAAUAAUAAAAAUGAAAAAUUACAUCAUCGGGAUAGUUAUGAAAAAAUAAAACAACGAUUAACAAACAACUUAGCAGAUUCAAAUCAACGACAACAAUCAACAAGACGUUCUGGUCACUAUGCAAAGAUAAAAACGGAUAAACCAAGAAAAUAUUCUCGACAACAAGACGCUGAUCCAGAAGACGAAAAUUAUCGUGAACUUGAUCAUAUUUAUGAUUAUAUUCGAUCAGGUGAUAUUACUGAUGAUAUUCAAAGAAUACAAGAAAAAGAGCAGGCAUUAAAUAAACAAUAUAACGAAUUAAAUGAUACUUCGCAAACUUGCGAAUCAGCUCUACUCAAUGAAUCAACCAUAAAAACAAGGAGAUCAGACAGACGGCCACCACGAUCAACAAAUAACAAUUCAAGGUCGAAAGAAAUUAAUCGAUUUUCUCAUAAUCUCGAUGAUUCUAGACCCUAUAAUAAUGCAUCUGAUGAUGAUAUACAUAAUGUUACACAUUUAGAAACUAGACGAAAUACAUAUAAUACUGUAUCUGCCUCAACAUAUUCAAAGCCAAUUAUCAAAAUGAACAGAUCUAACAGACACUAA